AUGAAGCCCAUCCCCCUCCUCCUCGCGCUCACAGCGCAACGCACCACCGCAGCCUGCCUCUCCUCCGCCACCUCCACCACCAUCAACACCCUCCUCACCACCGGCGGUCCCAACACCCUGAUCUCCCUCUGCCCGGACACCAUCGUCCCGCUAACCUCCCCCAUCAUCUUCACCGCGCCCGGCCAAGAAAUCUCCACCGCCGGCUACCCAACCGAUUCGACCCGCGCGACCCUCCUCAUCCAACCCGGCACCGACACGACCUCCGCGAUCCGGGGUAACUGGCAAGACUACGUGCGCGUGCGUAACCUGCAGAUCGACGGGAACCGGCCGAAGGCGGGUGCGUUGGGGGGGGAUGCGUUGUUGGAAAUGGGAGGCGGGACGACGGGGCAGUGGGUGGAGGGGAAUGUGAUUAGGGAUACGAGGAGUUGGAGUUGUUUUCAUUUGAUUGCUUCGGGGCAGGAGGGGAAUUUGUGUCGGAAUGCGACGGUGAAGGGGAAUACGGUGGGGCCGUGUGGGGAGGAAGGGGUUGGGGUUGAGGGGGGGUUGUGGGCGGAUGGGUUGAGUGUUGAGUGUACGGAGAGUGUGGUUGUUGAUAAUGAGAUCACCGGCGCAACCGACGGCGGCAUCGUCAUCUUCGGUUCCCCCGGCUCCUCCUUCCUACGCAACACCAUCACCUCCUCCUCCACCCAACGCGGCUUUGGCGGCAUCAACAUGGUCGACCCCAACUACAACGGCAACUACUCCGGCGUGGUCGUCUCCGACAACACCAUCAUCGGCGUCGACUCUGGCUUCAUCGAGCUCGGCAUCGCCAUGGGCAGCCAGGUGUGGUCCAACCCACACCCCUUAAACAACUUUGGUCCGACCACUGUCUCGAACAACGUGUUCAAGGGGAAUAUCGGCUUCUCCAUUGUGAUUAACGGCUGGGAGGGGGGUUUGACCGUCCAAAACAACGACAUCUCCGCCGUUUCCCCCCCGUCGGACUUCGCCGACCCCUCAACCUGCGGCAGCAUCCAAAAAUCCGCCUUCCUCGCCUCCCACCCUCUACUAAUCUACCCCCCCGGCGCCGGUUCACCCCUCACCAUCCAACCAGAAUUCACCACCCUCUCCGCCAACGCCUCCAACUUCCUCUGUCUCACCCACCCUUUACCCACCUCCCAAUCUUUUACCGCAGGUUCUUUGUCUGUCUCUGCCGCGACAUCGACGGUGGUUGAUCUGAAGGGUUUGCAUGUUCAGUUACAGGGAGAUGGGAAUUUGGUCGGGUUGGAUACGACUGGUACUAAUCAGGGGGGGUCGGAGGUGAAAUGGGCGAGUGGGAGGUACUCGGAUGGGUGUGGGACGGAUGGGAGUGGGUGUGUCUUGGCGUUUGAUGAGGCGGGGGAGUUGAAGUUGACGGAUGGGACGGGGAAGACGGUGUGGGGGUCGGGGACGAAGGGGAAGGAGGUGGUGUUUUUGGGGGAGGAGCCGUGGGUGGUUGUGAAGGAGGCGGAUGGACAACAGUUGUGGACUGUCGGGGAGUUGGCUUAG